AUGGCAGACGAUAUCGCUCGAAAACUAGGAGCGGUUAAUCUCUCGGAUAAAGAAGCAAAUAUCAUCCCUAUUGAAUCGGACGAUAUCCAAAUCAGCUGGAUGAAUGUAAUCGCAGUCUCUUCGAUGGACAUAUGGAUUCAAGCUUGGAACAUUCCCAUCAACUGGAUUUCUGCAGAGGUUGGCCUUAAAAUUGGGAAAGCUUUCUUAGCUGUCAAAGAUGUCUUGGUGCCUCAUACUGCUAGGACAAAAAAGAUUGUAGCUGAUCUCAAAUAUGAAAGGCUAGGAGGUCCAUACUGUGGAAUUCUUGGGCAUCAAGAUAAAUUAUGUGAAAAUAGAACUCAGGACUUUGGUGCCAGAAAACUGGCUGAUGGAGCUUAUGGUGAUUGGCUCCAAGCUCCUGACAACCCUGCUUCAUUAGCAACUUUUAGUAAUUCCAGCUCCGCAUCAGAUAACCCCCAUAUGCACACCCAAGUCAAGGUCAGCAAAAAUCCCCUUCAACCUAGCCCCUUUGUAUCUUCUUCUAAAGACAAGCAGCCACUGCAAACACAAGACUCUUCUCCACCUGCUAUCUCCACUCCAUUACUUCCUAAACGGGUUUAUUGCACGAAAUCCCCCUGUAUUAUAUGA